CGCACCAAACAGGCCAGCAGCGCUGGUCUUUCUCUCUGUCCAAGGGCGCAGCUCGACGAGGAGGAACGCGCCGCCGCGCAGCAACCCGCUAUUGAUUCUGCAGCCAUCCGCGACGCCCGCGGCUUCCUACACCGACGCAUACGAUAAUCCCUUCCGAUUGUCUGGGCACGAAUCACCGCUCUGCAGCCUUUGUUCCCCGUACGCGCUGCGCCGGAGAAUGCCAGCGCUCAGAAAGGCAGUACCGAGUCCAUUCAAUCCCGACGCCUGAACCUCAGACAUCACACCAACAAUGGCAGACUUUGGGAGCAGCUCUAGGGCCGACGCGCGCGAAGAGUCCCGGCCUACAACGCCGACAGGCUCCUCGAGGACGUACAAGGCAAACGGGGGCAUGCCCUCGCUCGAUACCCGCCCGACCCAGGACCAAACUUUCUUCGACGAUGCCACGCCGGUCGACACCGCGCGGAACAGCGACGGCCAGCAGGAGACACUGAGAGACUCCCACGACCUAUCCUUUGGCGACGGCACCCGGGACUCAGUCGUGGACAAUAUGCUGCUUUCGCUCGACCAGCUGCCGGCCCAGUUCAGCCACCCCGCUGCACUCUAUUCUAAUUUUGACCAUGACAACUUCUUCUUAACAGAUAAUCAUUACCCUCCUCCGCGACCUUCCCGGCACCGCGGCCAUACAUAUGCCUCGUCGCAGUCUUCCGACUACGAAUUGCACAUCGAUGAUACUUCGUCGCGAUACUCGAGCCACCAUUCACGGGGACGGAGGAGUAAUAGUAGUAAUAAUAUUCCGACCACAAUGAGCCGGAAAGGCAGUUUAAGGGCGCCUUGGUCCGGCGCGGGGUCCAAGCAAACACACGGCCUCCACGGCGACUUUCAGCAGACGGGGCACAUGAGGAGCGGCGGGAAGAAGGGGAGCAAAGGAAGCGGCUCUUCGAGUAUGGACUUUGGACACGCAGGAAUCUUGGGAACCCACCGUUUGGGUUUUGGAAACCGCUCGGCCAGCUUUGACCACGGCAAUGGGGCGUCAAGAACAUCGCCGGUGAAGACAGAAGCUAUUUUGGAUAGGAGCAGACCUACUUACCAGAACUAUCACCACGAGUACGACGCAGCCCCAGAACCCACCAUCCCCGCCGGGCCCAGGAGAGUACAGCACGAACCUCCGCCCCAGUCCCCAAUCGCCUACCCGCCACAGCCCUCAUACGCUCCUCCGCAGGCUCCUGUACCCCGGCGAAAGGGUAGUGUUCGGUCGACGACGAGUUACAGAACAUUGCGAAAGAACAAGAGCCAGCCUGAGCCGAACAUGAGGGCCCAGGCGCAGGAAUUUGUGAAUGCCAGCAACAUUCGGGACCUACCCCCGAUUCCGACGUUCCAAGAUCCACCGGCCCCAUCGCCAACCGUGGCUACGCGGAAGCAAGCGUUCCAUUCAUCCUCUCCCGUUGCCACACCCAAGGAGAAGCCGGGCUUUUUCAGACGCGUAUUCGGUGGUGGUCUCCCGAAGGCUCAAGUGCAAUUGUCAAAUUCGUCCACCAACUCGAACAGCUCGCGCAUGGAGCCAUCUCCUGCCUCUGCUGCGCAGCGCCCCACCGAGAUCGAUUCCAUCUAUUCCCCACGACCGCGGACCACUCCAUCUGGUUCCAGCCACAUUGCCACGCAGCUCAAACCUGCGCAGUCCAGAGCUCCACAGACCGCCAACUCCAUGCACAACCAGAGCCAGCAGCCUCCGCCGCCGCCGCUAGCCAAGAAACACUCGUCCUUUUUUAGGCGGCGGAAGAAGUCUAUUUCCGAGGCGACCAAACCUCCGGUCAUGACGCUUGAUUUCAAGGCUCCGUCUAAGCACGAGGUAUUGCCUCCUCAGCCUAGUCCGGGCGUCAGUAGUCUACGCAAGGUUAUGAACCCGUAUUUGAACGACCUGGGUAGUCCCGGAGACAAGUACGACACUCGGGAGCACCAGGCCGCUGCCAAUGGCCUGACGAACGGUGAGCGAUCUAACGGGUUCUCGCCUGGGUACAAGCCGCAUAAGGACGCAACCGUCCGCGCCAUCAAGCCGGAUUCCCGCGGUACGGAUAACACGCCGCCCUCCUCGAGAGGCGAGCAAGUGAAAGCAGCGCACUUGGCAAGCACCGAUAGCCCCAAACUAAAGUUGAAGAUGAGGCAUGGGAAGACAAAUCUCGCUAGCAUGCAGGAAGACACUUUCCUCGCAGACAGCAGCAGCUGCAACGAGGACCACAGCGGCCGCGCGACACCAGUAGGCGAGCGCAACGCGUUUGGCGGGAUGGAUGAAACGCGGCGGCCCAAGACAUGCCCCACGUCAUCUCCAUCCGCCCACUCUGGGACCGAAGGCAGGAGCGGUCGCAGACCCAAGACCCGGGAGCAGCGGGCCGACCUGCUGAGUCCUCGCUCGGGCGACGCCAAAGCAGCGCCAACGGGCUCGCCGUCGCCGUCAGCCUCCGAAGUCGAGGACGACGGCUGGAUUAUCACGUCGCCCACCAAGAAAGAGCAGGCGUCGGUCAAGAAGAGCACGGGCAGGGCGAAGCGUGUCUGGCUGGAGCCCACGUCGUCGGAAGAGAAACUCGCGGGCGACGACGCCGAGGACCUCAAGCUUCCCCUGGAGGGCGCACACGCGUCGCAGAAACAGCUCGAAAAGGAGUCGCCCACGUCGGUGCAACCGCCCACGCCCUCCUCUUCUACAAAUGAGGUAUUCCACUCCGCUACGAGCCUUCCUAUCUUGCAGGUCGAGGGCCGUGACUCGGACAACAUGCCGGCCAUCGUUGAGCAUCGCCCUCAGCACGAAGAGCCUGUCGAUGAAGACAGAGAGCGUGCGUUCCGCAUCUUCAACAACGAGGACCCUGUGGUGCAGAAAGCCCAGGCCGCUGCCGUUCUGGGCGACGUCACGACGACGAGUAUCCGAAUGCGGAAGGCGUACAUGGAGCUGUUCGACUGGACUGGCUUCAACAUCCUCGCCGCCAUGCGCGAUCUUUGUGGCAAGCUUGUGCUCAAGGCAGAGACGCAGCAGGUCGACCGCAUCCUCAUGAGCCUGUCGGAGCGGUGGUGCGAAUGCAACCCCAACCACGGCUUCAAGGCUCUCGAUGUCGUGCACACCAUCUGCUACUCGAUUCUGCUGCUCAAUACCGACCUGCACCUGGCUGACAUUGAUACGAGGAUGACCCGCAGCCAGUUCGUCAAGAACACUCUCCCAACGGUCACCCGCGUGUGCAAGGAUGCGGUUAAGGACGCAGCUGACGAGACCCUCCGGCCGCAGUCUACUCAGCUUAGGAGAGGCUCCCUUCCUUGGAAUGACAAGUCCGAGCCCAAUUCGCCUGCUGCUGAAAACACGACCUUCCCAGCAGAUGCCGCAGAGGAACAACUCGAGGGCAGGAGGGCGCGAAGUCGCCUGUCCGUCAGACCGCCCAUCCGAAGCGGGUCUGAAGGCGUGUUGUCCGACUCGGCCACCUCUGACGCAAAUUUGCUGGUCUAUGCUCCUUAUAACGGCCCUGUGAAGGGAUGGGAGUACCAGGUCGAGACCGUGCUGAAAGAUUUCUAUGACUCCAUCCGGAAGCAACGUCUACCCCUUCACGGAGCGUCUUCGCUGCAGGUUCACGAGCAGCCAUCCACGAAUUCUCUCUCGGUCAGCGGCAUGCUUCGGCGUACACCCAGUGUUCUGAGUAAAGCACCAUCCGAGAACAUGAGCUACCGCGGACGAUCUCAGACCGACUUCCGGAGCAUGGGCAAGAGCUGGAAUUCCAAGGCGCGUUCACGCCCGCGAAUGUACCCCACUUCGACCGUAGCGUCAAGCCGAACGAGCCUCGACGAUGGAUCCGUCUGGAGCCCCGCUGGCUCUAGCACUUGGAGCAGAUACUCACAUGGCAAGACUCAGACCUCCAUGUCGAUGGAGUCUUUAGGCUCGCAUUUCGCCCACGGAGACUAUCAGCAGGCCAUCGGAUUCGCUAAUGCGCUCAGCCAAGCUAUCAUUCGGGAAGAGGGAAUGACGAUCGCCAGCGACGAAGAGUUUACGCGUGUUGCGCCACUGCUCGAGGAUGAGAGCCUUGAGCUUGUCGGAGCACCGUGGGCAAAGGAGGGCAUCCUCAAGCACAAGCAUCAUUUGGAGGCGCUUGACAAGAAGGCCAAAGACCGAACCUGGAACGAAUGCUUCGCCGUCAUCGAGAAAGGCUACAUGCGGUUGUUCUCGUUCAGCAUGAACUCCAAGUCUUUGCGUCACAAGAACAAAUCCCGACCCUCCGCAGGAAGUGUUGUUGGUGGCGGCAACUGGAUGGACAACGCCGAAGCCCUUGACAGCUUCCUUCUCCGGCAGACGAUUGCUAGUGCGCUGCCCCCGCCCGGUUACUCGAAGUCUCGCCCACAUGUGUGGGCAUUGUCUCUCCCAACUGGUGCAGUCCACUUAUUCCAGGUCGGCACUCCGGAUAUUGUCAAGGAGUUUGUCUCCACAGCCAACUACUGGUCUGCUAGGCUCUCCAAAGAGCCCUUGGUUGGCGGCGUCAGCAAUAUAGAAUAUGGCUGGGGAGACACCGUUAUCAACACCGCUCUGAUCCGACAAGACCCUCCUCCUUCACAUUCACAGCAAGGACACGUCCCUCGUCCUAGUAUGGCGAGCUCCCUCCGCAGCUCUGUCGACCAUGCUACCGGCACUCCCAAGGCCCGCCUUCCUGGUGACAAGGUUAACCUCGCAGACUGGAGCCCGCCGACCUCGAGCAUGAUGGCGAGCAACUUGAUGGAGGUGGACCAGCUCCGGGCCUUGACCGACUAUGUCAAGAAUGUGGAAGAGGAGCUCGCGCGCCACAACGAAUUGAGGGCGCCAAUGCUUAUUGCAUUCUCUCCGCGCCACCCGAACGCAGCGAAGGCCAUGGCCAACUGGGAGCGCAAAUCUUCAUACCUUCUCCGAGAGAUCGUAAAGUUCCGAACCUACAUCGACUCGCUCACCGCGGCACAAAUCUCGAAGGAGAGGAUAUACGCCGAGCGCGAAGCCACUGCAGAGAAAGACACUGAUGCCAAUGGUGUCACUGCCGGGUUUCCGCUGGCGACUGAAGUUGAUGGUGCGAGCGAAGCCCCUACAGCUUCCGAGCCCAUCGCUGCCUGAUUUCCUCCUACUUCUUCACACAUCUCCUUUUUUGCAUACACUGACGAUUGUUUUCGUUUUGGAUAGGCUUGACACCUCUGCGGCGUACGAUGCGGCGACUGAG